CGUGACCCGGUCCACCCGCGUCCAACUGUCCAACGGUCCGCUGCGCAUCGCGAACAUCAAGUUUAGACGCGACGACGACGACGCCAUCGCAUCCCCGACGUCCCCACAUUCAUUUGCUGCCGCCCACCCCCGCCACGCAGCGCAGAGUGCUCGUAGAAGCUGUGCGACUUGAAUUCCCCUGCCGCCCGCCGCGCGCCCGCCCAAUCUGCGCCGUCGCGUCUCUCGUCUGCCCGCCGCGAGCCUUUCCUUCCCGCUUCCUUCCCUCCACAGCCAUGUCCGACGACGCGACAGCAAGCGCGCCUGCGCAGGACACCUCGCUCGAGGACACGGCGCCCGCCAGUGCGCUGGACCAAGACACCCACAUGCUCGAAGAGCCCGAGCCCACAGCAAAGGAGUCGUCGCGCGAACCCUCAGCCGCGACGCCCGCGCCCGUCUCGCACAAACCGCUCGACGCGCCCGACGGCCCGCGCCCCGACGGCGAGGACGCCGACGGCCAGGACGACGAGGACAUGGGCGGCCUGGACGACCCCAAAAAGGACAAGGACGCGGAGGGCGAGGGCGAGGGCGAGGGCGAUGCCCCCGAGCCGGCCGACGCCGAGGCGGCCGCAAAGGCUGACCUGCAGGCGGCCGCGCGCUCGCACUUUGUCGCGCAGACGUAUGCGACCAUUAUCCCCAGCUACGCGACGUGGUUCGACAUGCGCUACAUCGACUACCGCGAGCGCAAGGCGCUGCCCGAGUUCUUCAACGGCCGCAACCGCAGCAAGACGCCCGCCGUCUACCGCGACUACCGCGACUUCAUGAUCAACACGUACCGCCUGAACCCGGCCGAGUACCUGACCGUCACGGCGUGCCGCCGCAACCUGGCCGGCGACGUCUGCGCCAUCAUGCGCGUGCACGCCUUCCUCGAGCAGUGGGGGCUGAUCAACUACCAGGUCGACCCGCAGGAGCGCCCGUCCAACAUUGGGCCCCCGUUCACCGGCCACUUCCGCGUCACCGUCGACACCCCGCGCGGCCUGCAGCCCUUCCAGCCCGGGCCCGGGGCCAAGCUCGUCGAGGGCAAGCCGACGGCGGCGACGGACCGGGCGGCCAGCGCGCAGCCGACGGCAAAGGCCGAGACCCGCUCGCUGGCGGGUCGCAACAUCUACGAGGCCAACGGCAAGGAGGCGUCGGCAGAGCCCCGAGACAAGGCGGCGAACGGCGAGGGCGCUGCAAACGGCGGCCCGCCCGACGUCAAGGACCUCGAGGCGGCGACCAAAGAGGCGGCCAAGGUCAUCAACUGCUUCAGCUGCGGCGUCGAGUGCACCCGCGUGCACUUCCACGAGGCGAAGCCGUCGGAGCAGCCCGGCCAGACCAAGACGGUCGGCGGCCUGAAGCGCGAUCUCUGUCCCCGCUGCUUCGUCGAGGGCAACUUCCCCGCCGGCACGUCGUCGGCCGACUUUGCCAAGGUGUCGAACCCAGAGCGCUCGGCCGCGUCCGAGUCAGAGGAGAAGUGGACCGAGGAGGAGACGCUGCUGCUCCUCGAGGGCCUGGAGGAGUUUGACGAGGACUGGAACCGGGUCGCCGACCACGUGUCGACCAAGACGCGCGAGCAGUGUGUCAUGAAGUUCCUGCAGCUCGAGAUUGAGGACAGGUACAUGGAGGCCGACGUGCCCCAGGGCGAUGGCGCUGCCGCUGCCGCUGCCGCUGCCGCCACCCCCUCGGCCAAGUUCCUGCGCGACCUGGACUACCUCAGCGAGGGCCGCACGCCCCUUCACCACGCAGACAACCCCAUCCUGAGCGUCGUCAGCUUCCUCGCCGGCCUGGCGCCCGCCAACGUCACCGAGGCCGCCGUCGCAUCUGGCCGCAGCGUGGGCGAGAUGAAGCGCAUCCUCCAGGAGAAGAUCAACAAGGCGCCCGUUGCAGCCUCGGAAAAGGGCAAAGAAAAGGAAGGCGCGGAGCCGGCGGCGCCCGCGACAGGCGGCUCGGACGUCAAGCCCGAGGCCAACGACGCCAUGGAGGUCGACACGAGCCAGGACCUCACAGUCGCCGCCAAGGACGCAUCGCCCGACGGCAACCCGCUCGUCACGCUCCCCUUUGCCCUCUCGGCCGCUCGCGCCUCCGCGCUCGCCUCGCACGAAGAGCGCCACAUGACGCGCCUCGUCUCGGGCUCGGUCAACCUGCAGCUGCAGAAGCUGCAGCUCAAGCUCGCGCACUUUUCCGACUUUGAGAAGCUGCUCUCAGCCGAGCGCCGCGAUCUGCAGCGCCGCCGCCAGCAGCUCUUCAUGGACCGCCUCAACUUCCAGCGCCGCGUGCGCGCGCUCGAGGACGCGACCAAGAAGAUUGGCUCCGGCAUGCAGGGCCAGGGCCUGCCCGGGUCGAUGAGCAACGAGGACGCCAUGGCGGCCCUCGCCGACGCCAUUCGCGCGUUUGGCGUGGCCAAGGGCGAGGACAGCGUCGGUGUCAAGCACGACAGCGUCGACGCAGGGGCGCAGCCUGUCGCCGAGGGCGCCGAGGGCUUUGCAAAAUUGGACAUCUGAGCGCCCUGUCGCGGAGACGGAAUGGUGUUUUGGCGCUGCACUUUAUGACGAGACUUUGUUCGGUUCUUUGCGUCUCGUGCAUUGGUUUAGGUGUAUCGAAUAGCAGCCGUAGAAUUAGGGCGUGGGGUGCUGCGUGUACAAAGGUGUGAUUCCUCAAUGUACCAUUGUGCUGUUCCAUGGAAAUGGUGC